GAGCGAGAGAGAGAGGUACACAGAGAGGUACACAGAGAGAGAGACUAACCAUUUAAAGCUAACCUCUCAGAUACCAGUCCUAUAGAGAGACAGAGGGAGUAGCAGCAGUUACACUCAUACCUUCAACUUUCAAACCCAGAGGACAGUCAGGAACGAGGACAGAGGACAGUCAGGAACGAGGACAGACGACAGUCAGGAACGAGGGAUUGAGAGCAGUUUACUCCUGCUCAAGAUCCAUCCUCUCCAACCAAGAGAGGAGGGAAACCAUCCAAGAUGGCGGAGGUUAGCCAACAGAGGAAAGAUGGUCUUCUUCAACCUGGUCCAUCCAGACUUCACCCAGAGGCAGGACCCACUGUGAGAACAUCCACCCAGCCAUCCAUCGCCUCUCCCAUUCUUCCUUCCAAAGAGGCACUGUCAGCAUUGUACCAACAGCGACAGAAAGUUGAGCUGCGGAGGCUCCUGAAGCACACCCACCCGGAGCUGAGGAGCCUGGAAAGCCUGGAUGGGGUGGUGGAUCAGGAGCUGGCUGAGGUUCUGCGUUUAGAAACCCAGCCGAUAGCUGACGAGACCGGAUACGAGGGAGAGGUCCUGUCCAGGCGGUUGAUAUUUGAGAACUGUGUAAAGAGCAAUACUGUGCAUCCCCACACUUCUAAAAUGCACAUCACGGAGGGGGCCGGGGUUGGAGUUGGGGCUGGAGUUGGGGAAGGGGUUUGGGGAGAGGUGAAGAGAACAUCAGCCUUGUUUGAACAGCCAUUGUAUAACCCUAACCCUAACCUUCAGGAGGAGAGGGUUAAGGAAACCACGGACCACGUGGAGAGGACUGAUGCUGCUCAUGGGGAACUUACUGAGUGUGAGGAGGAGGAGGUUGUCAGGUUGGACGUCCAGUCUGCUAGGAGGCUGUUUGAGAGCCAGCAAGUCGACACCCUGGGGGCCAGCCAGGAGGACGUGACCCUGAACAAGGUUAUCGUGUCAGAGGACGAGAGGGGAUCUGUUCAGAAAAGAAAACAAGUGUUUGAGACAAAAAGCAGUAAGACAGUUCAGAGAGUGAUCAAAAGCCAAAUUUGUUUUAAAAAUCUUGAUGUGAGUUCUCAGUCUGAGGGAGAAGCUCUGGGUGUAGGUGUUAAUAGUGCAGAUACUGAGCCUGAGGUUCGCAAAGUCCAGCCACAGCAUGAAGGGUUCUCCACAGUCAAACAAGUCCUCGAGAGAAAGUCACAGUGUGUUUCAAAUGCAGAUGUUGAUGUUGAAACUAGUCCAAGAAUUCCAAAGUAUCAGUGUACUUCUCUACUUGAAAACCAAGCAAUAAAUAAAACUGGAAAACUAUCACAUCUGCAGGAACCAAAGCCCCAGAACACUAGUUCACUCCCAAGCGACCUAGCUCCUGACAGAAGGGUCCAGGAGGACAUGUUAGAGUUAGUGGCUAACGUAAGGAACAGAGCUCAGUUGUUUGAGUCCACUCUGUUCGACCUGAUCAACCACCAUAACAGAGAGGAGGUGGAGAUGGUGGCAGAGAGCAUCAACGAGACAUUGAACUCUCUCUAUCACUUCAAUGCCAUCCACUCCCAUGGAUCCAUCAUCAAGGCUAGCGAGACGGGAAGUGGUCAAAAGGCUAGGUACAGGCUGACCCCCGGUCUGAGACCAGAGAUAGAACAGGAAAAGGUGACUGAGGGCAGGGUUAAGAAUUUUAUACUCCAGCUGUUACCCCGGGCAACCCUUAAGCCUCAGGUAGUUUACCUGAAGGAGGACGCGAAGAGGAACGUGGAGGUUACCAUGGUGACAGUACCUUUCCAUCAGGUACGUCUGGCUUCAAACCAAGAUAAAGAGUUCAGAACAGCUAACGUUGUCCAGCUCAUUGAGGACAUCAUCAGUCAGGACAGCUCUCUGAGGAAAGGAGUAGUUAUACAGGAGGCCGGUCAGGGACAGACUGAGGUCACCGUUUACUCCCUGUACAACGAUUCUGAAGAAGAGGUGGAGAGGUACUACCCCCCGCAGGAACAGAGGACGGAGACCAACGUCCUAGACAUUGCUGCAGGCGAUGAGAUUAAAACUGAGACUGGUGAAGUAAGGAGAGGCGAUGUGAAGUCAACCAUCAGCUCUCUCUUGGCCACCAGUCAGGACCACUCAGCCCCAGCCACUUACAAACCUGAGGUCAAUGUCAUGGGGAAUGUCAAGUUAUUCAGGAGCUGCAUUGAAAAGGGAGAUCUGGAGUAUCUGAAAACCCUGCAGGUCCAGCCAGAGGAGAAGGAACUCCAGGCUGAUGUUGUAACAGGUGUCUCCGCGGAGAUACGUAAUCAACAACAACAACCAGAGGAUCAGGUGGAGCAGAAUGAUUCGGAUAUAGUCCUGAAGAACAUCUUCUUAGCUAACCAGAGCUGUGCCCAACAGAAAGAGACUAAGGCAGAGAAGACCUCUAAAGCAAUAGUACAGGUCCAGCACACCUCUGUGGAGAAGAAAGAGACGUGCUCUGAUUCUGUUAUAAAGAGCUCCACAUCCCAGACAUCCACAGAGCAGCACCAGGAGGAGGAGGAGGAGGAGGUAGUGAGAGGUCAUGUACAGGCAGCGCUCCAUUCUCUGGAGAAGACUAGUGGCGUUAAUGUCAGCCAAGGAGACUUCGAGGCUGCCAUGAUCUCCAGGAAAUCUCCAGAAUCUCAGAAAGGAAGCCAUAAGAAGAAGACUGAUGUGAGGUAUGCUCCCCAACACAGUGAAGUAAAGACUGGGACUCUGACUGAAGCUCAACCAGCCCCUUCAGUAGUGAUGAGGGAAGGACAAGCCAUCUCUGUGAAGAGCAGUGACACUGUAGUAGAUGUCCAGCAGACCUCUGUGCAGAAGGAAGAGACCAGCUGUAAUUCUGUUAUAAAGACCUCCACAUCCCACUCUUCUAUCACCUCAGAACAGGAACCUGCACCCUGCCGCCGCAAGACCGAAGAGGCUAGCUGUGCUGCUACGUCUUCUGAAGAACUACAAAAUGCAGAAGCCUGGAGUGUGGAGGUCCAAGAGGGCACUGAGGUGGUCCAGAGAGGACACUUAAAAGCUGCCAUGAAGUCUUUAAAGAGUGCUACAACAGAGGAGGAGGAGGAGGAAGAGGAGAAGGAGGAGGUAGUGAGAGGUAAUCUACAGGCAGCGCUCCAUUCUUUGGAGAAGACUAGCGGCGUUAACAUCAGCCAAGGAGACUUCAAGGCUGCCAUGAUAUACAGGAACUCUGGGAAAUCUACAUUUCAAAGCCAUAAGAAGAAAACUGAUGUCAGGUAUGUUCCACAACACAGUGAAGUAAAGACUGGGUCUCUGACUGAAGCUCAACCGUUCUCUUCAGUAGCGAUGAGUGAAGGAGAACAGGUGGCCACCAAGGAGCUGAGGGUAGCAACUGCAACCCCCCAGCCCAGACCAAACCACAAAUAAACUUGCUACAGCCUCCACUUUGAAACAUGAAUCUCAGACUGGCUCUCAAUCUCUAGCUCCCUCAAAGAAAAAGAAAAGACCUGUUGGCCCAAAACCAGGUCUUCUGCCGAAACCAGCAGUUCCUCCUAAACCAGGUCUUCUGCCGAAACCAGCAGUUCCUCCUAAACCAGGUCUUCUGCCGAAACCAGCAGUUCCUCCUAAACCAGGUCUUCUGCCGAAACCAGCAGUUCCUCCUAAACCAGGUCUUCUGCCUAAAUCACACGUUCCUCUUAAACCAGAUCAGAUGACAGGAAGCACAGCUAGUCAGUCAACAGAGACAGAGGUACAUAUCAGUGAAAGCAACACCAUUUCUAUAAUAACCACUAGUAGUAUUUCUAGUAUUGCUAGUGCUAACAGUACUCAACUGAAAGAAUCAACCAAAAGUCAACCGAAAGAAUCAACUAAACAUCAACAGAAAGAAUCAACCAAAACUCAAUCAAAGGAAUCAACUAAAAGUCAACCAAAAGAAGAGCAACCUCCCCAACCAUUCACUAUCAAACCAAUGUCCUACGCAGAUGCCCUUUGCAGAGGCUUACAACAGACAGAUAGUGUUACAGAGGCACAACAUAGUAGGUACGUAUCUGAGAGGCCAGCUUGGAGCUCAGUAGGAACAGCUGAUACUGGGGCUGCCGAGGCCACCCAACCCACUGGUGAUGCAACCCAACUCAAUGAAGAAAUUACAUUAAACCAGGAAGGUCAAGGGUCUGAGGUCAUCCCUCAGAGACAGACUAGUUUUAACUCUGUUCCAGUGGAGGAGAGCAACACUAAGUCACAACAGGAGAGGACUCCUACACAGCAGAGCCAGGGAGCAGGACCCAAGGGGGCCCUAGAGGACAGAGAGGAGAAGGUCAAUGAGGACUUCAUAGGCUUUCAAGCAGCACUUCAGAACUUUGGAGGGAAGAGUAAAGCCCCUGUGAAACCUAAACGAGAGAAGAAGACCCAGAGUGAAGAGAACCAGAAACAAACCUCUCUCACAGUUACACACACUGCUGUGGGACAGCAAGCCAGUGACCCUUCACAGCCUCAACCAUGCAGUAAACCAGAGAACAACAUCCAGGAAGAAGAGAAGGAAAACACAGUGGUAAUGAGGGAGAAGAAAGCGGAGAUGAAAGCAGAGACGGAGGAUGAGCGUGGCCAGAGGCUGUCGGUCCACAUGGAUAAGAUCAUGAGGGGUAACGUGACCAUGGCCAUGGAGAUCUUUGACAACCUGAGGAAGCAGGAGGAGCUGAAAGAGAUCUUGACCUGGGUGGAGGAGGUGGAGGAAGACACCAGCCAGGUGGACGUCAGGGCCCUCAGGAACAUCUUUGAGAAUGUACCUGACUGGGUCGUUGCCCCGAGAGACAAGAGACAACAUAAACAACAACACAGACCAAGGUGGAACAGAAGAUCUCAGAAGUGAAGAGAUCAGAGACGCCGAAAGAUGAUACCGAGACCUCAAUGUCCUCCAUGGCUCUUGUGUUCGGAAAUCUGGAGAGAGCAAGUGAGGAGAUCAUGAACCUGAAGGAGCAGACGUUAGCCAGACUGAUGGACAUAGAAGUGACCAUUAAUAAAGCUUUGUAUUCUGUGUCCACUCUGAAGUCAGACUCUGACAUCGCUGGUCUGUCUGGCCUGUUUAAAGAGUCCCUAAAGGGGACAGCAGCCCAGACCCAAGGCUCCACUAGCAACAUCAGCACUAUCAGUACCGGCUUCAGCAGCAGAGCCAAGACGGCCCAGGGAAAGGACAGCCCCCCCACUAAGACACAAAGAGACCCAGAUCUGCCAACUGAUGAGGGACCUGUCAUUAAGUCCCAGAGCAGUCCUCCAUCCUCCCUUUCCUUCAUCUCCAUCCAGUCUGCAGCCAGGCAGGAGUCAGAAGACAGACAACAUGAGUCUGCAGACAGACCGAAGGGUUCUGCAGCCAGUCAAAAGUCCUCCCUGCAGCUUCCACUGUGCUCAGCCUGUCAGCUCAGCCCGAAGUGUCGCCCUUCCGGUAGCCCUUGUAGCAGAAGCCCUCUCAAUCAGAAACGUCAGGUCAGUGUACUCGAAGUGAAGACAGCCCCAGAGGGGAGUCGGCACUAAGACAGUUAGGGAGAACUAGGAGAAGACUGAUCAGUUUGGCAACAGGGUCUCCUCCACCAAGACCUCCUCUGUGGUGACUCAGCAGACACCAGUACCUCUCCUAGGGGUCAGGUAGUGACCCCCAGUCCAACCAUGUAUUGGGUAGUGACAUACCCAGAGGUCAAAGUCAUCUUGCCUAUCAAUAAACCUUCACCGCCGUUUUAAAAUGGUGCUUGCAACGGCAAGGGUAGUGGGUUCGAUUCCCGCUGGGGCCACCCAUACAAAAAUGUAUGCACUUUGGCUAAAUGGCAUAUCUUAUAAACUGUUUGAUUGAAUGAGAAAAGACACUUCAGGUAAAAAAGAAAAAAAUGACAGUCAGGAAGACAAGAUUUUUUUAAAGUGUGUGAUUUCAUGAAACAUUUGUUUGGAUAGAAUUGUAAUAAAAUGUUGUUGGUAUA